GAUUCUAUUGGGUGAUAAAAUUACACGGACAUGUAGAAUAUGAAGAUCGGCAAUCGGCCGAUUACGUCGAUAUGGCGCUGUACAAAUCAUCUCUGUUCAUAUUUUCUUUUCACAUAUGCUUUGUAUUAAUGAAAUGCUGCUGUUGGAAUUAA